AUGGGUCAAGGGAGGUGUCGGCUUGAUCUUGGACGGGGUCUUGAUCACAAGGACCAAGCGCCACUGCCAUACCCACGGGCUGUGUUUCCAUCCCCUGCGGCUUCCAAAAGCACGUAUGACUAUAUAGUAUUCGGAAGUGGCCCAGCCGGCAUCAUCGCCGCGACCAGAGUAGCCGAGACUAACAAGAACGUCCUACUCAAGCGAGGCACCGCCAAUACUGUAUCAACGGGCGCCACCAACACCCUCAGCUGGAACGAUACCCCGACUCCCAUCUGUGUCCCGGCACUCGCCUCGGCCCUCGGCUCCAACAGCCUGGCGAGCAAAUACGCAUGCGCCAACGCGGAAGGGACCUCUGCUUGUGUCCUGGGAGGAGCAGGCUCAUUCAACUACAUGGUCUACGUGCAUCCUUUAGCGUCGGAGUUCGACGACAAGUGGCCCACGGCCCUUCUAUGGUAUUUUUGUUAUUUCCUUGAUGGCCUGGGUUGGGCGUCGGGCGACCAGGUCGAUCAGCUAGACGAGAAGACCCAGGUGUACAGCUACCCGAACUGGGAUAUCGAGAACCAGAUGCGUGCUGACGAGUUCACCAUCCGCUUGAGCACCAAGGCCCUCCGUGUUGUCUGUACCGGAAGCAGCAAGAUCAUCAGCUUGGCUGCGGUAGGCAAAGUCGUCCUUGCAGCCUGGGCAUGGAUCACCCCCGGCAUGCUGUUCAACUCGGGUAUCACCCUUACCUCUGAGAACGAAUGGCUCGACCUCCCCGCCGGCCAGGGGAUGAAGGACCAUGCCAUCUUCACCGCCAACACCAACCUGUACAACCAGGAGUCGGGCAUCCUAAUGCAGGGCAUGCGCAUGCUGAUCUUCUGGAUGUCCAACCGGUCCUGCAGCGCCAGCGAUACGGGUGUCUUCGGUAUCAAGGCGUACCUCAUCUACGGAGCCGUACCUGCAGACCCAGGGCGAUCAGGAGUCGUUGAAGAAAAGGCUAGUGUGAUUGCGAACCGUAUUGCGUUGGAGCUCGUGAAUUUCACCAUCGUCACCGCGAUGGCCAAGAGCUAUACGUCGGGGAACCAUUGGGUUGGGUCUGCUGUUAUUGGGGGAGGUAGUACAACGUCGGCUGUGGACACCAAUGCCAAGGUUCACGGCAUGGAUAAUCUGUAUAUUGUCGAUGCCAACUUUCACGCCGAUCUCCCCUCCGGCAACAGUCAGGCUAUUAUCAUGGUCGUUGCUGAAGCUACCUAG